AUGGUAAUCCUCCUCUUACUUGCUAUAAUAUGCUCAUAUAAUAUAACAUCAUAUCCAUGCUUAACUUAUAAAAGAAAAAAAAACUUUCAUUAUUUAGAAAUAUUUAAAAAUGAGAAAGAGGAGAAUUCUUUAAAAAAUUACAUUGAUAGAUAUAAACUUAUAAAAAGGAAUCGUUUGAAUAUAUAUCCUUUUAAAAAAAAUAAUUUAAUAAAUACGUUAAAAAAUGGAAAUUAUAAUUUCAGUAAGUAUAUUAAGAAGGAUGGUUUUUAUACAACAAAAUUUAUAGUACAAUUAAGUUUAUUUUGUAAAGAAAAGAAAAAAAGAAACAAUGAAAAAAAAAAAAUAUUUAAUAAUAGUAAUUGUUAUCGUUAUAGUUAUAGUUAUAUUGUUGUGUAUUCUAAUGAGGGUCUUCUUCGACAUUCUAGAUGCACACCACAAUAUACAAAAAAUAUUUUUGAUAAUAGGUGCAAAGGUUGUAGGGUGAAGGAGGGAAAAAAUAUAAAUAUCUUUGGAUUUUAUAAUACAAAUAAUAGACGAAUUCAUAAUUAUUCCUUGGAUAUUAGCAGAUCUGAUGAAAAUGAGACAAGUGAUAAAAUAAAAAACAAAAAUAAAAGAGGAGAAAAAUUAAUAAAACAUAAUAAUAAUGAUAAUAUUAAUAAGGAUGAUGAUAAUAAUAAUAAUAAUAAUAAUAUGGAUCGUAUGGAUAAUAUAUCUAUAAAAAAAGAUAGUGCAUGCAGUAAUAAUCUACAAAUAAAUCAUAAUAAUAAUAAUAUGAAUAAGUCAAAUAAUGGUGAUCAUAUAAAUACAUCCAAAGAUGAACGUUCCUUUGAAAAUGUUCUGAACCAAUAUAAUAAAGACUUAAUUUUAAGUAAGAGCAAAAUUGUACAUUUAGAUUUUCCAGUUUGUAGAAUGAAUUCUUCAAAUAUGGUUACAAUGGAUGAUAUAUUUUAUGGUGGUUUUUUAAAUAUAUAUAAACCUGUGAAAUUAUAUUCGAUGAAAGUGUGUGAAAAAAUUAAAAGAAUAUUAAAAGAUUAUUUUUAUAAAUUAUAUAAAAAAAAAGUUAAUAUAAAAGUAGGACAUGGUGGCACCUUAGAUCCAUUUGCUGAAGGUGUUUUAAUAAUAGGAAUACAACAAGGUACCAAAAAAUUAUCAGAUUUUUUAAAAUGUUAUAAAAAGUAUUUAGCUCUAUCAAUUUUUGGAUAUGAAACAGAUACAUUAGAUAGAGAAGGAAAAAUUAUUAAAGAAGAACAUGUUAUUCAUAAGAAAUUAAAAAAACAGGAUAUACUAACAAAUUUACAAAAAUUUAUAGGAAAUAUAGAACAAUAUCCACCUAUAUAUUCAGCAAAACGUUUCAAAGGUUUAAGAUUAUAUGAAUAUGCAAGAAAAAAUAUAUCUGUACAAAUUAAACCUAGUAAUGUAUAUAUUAAAGAUAUUCAAUAUUAUAAUCAAAUCGAUUUUCCUUUUUUCGAUUUUUAUAUACAUUGUUCUGGAGGUACAUAUAUAAGAAGUCUCAUAAGAGAUUUCGCAAAUUCUUUGAAUACAAAUGCGACUUUAAUAAAACUCGUAAGAAUUGAACAAAAUGAAUUUAAUUAUAAAAACUCUCUUCACUAUGAUGACAUAAACCUUGAUAAUAUAAAAAAAUAUUUUAUCAAGUUGUGA